AUGGCAUCUGAAUUAUCUGUGCACGAGUACUACCAGAUCCAAGCCCGGUUUCCGACCAAAGAAUCCAAUCCCGAUGAUGGCGUCAACCGCAAGGUCUUUGUUCGGCAGGAUAUCGACGAAUGGAGCGGCAAGAAAAGUUGGACCCCAAAGAAAGACUCUCUUACUUUCAAGUGGCUGCAAGUCGUGUAUGAUAUCAUGAUCAAGGAGAUUAUCCCUCAAUUCCAGGAAGCCCAUCAGUCUUCAUGGCGUGAACAAGCCGAGUCGUGGCGUCUUCCCUUCUGGGACUGGGCACGAAAUGGCCGUGUGCCUGACUUGGCAAAAUACCCUACUAUCACCGUUCCUAGACCCGAAGGCGGAUCGGUUCGAAUCAACAAUCCUCUGUUUCAAUUUCGCAUGCCCACAGACAAGCCGAUGCAAAGUGAGGGCGUUGGCACUGAGAACACGUGGGAAAACGACACUGAACAGGAGGAGUAUAAAAACUUCGGCAAUGCAAUCGGAACUAGCCGUUGGCCGGAUGAAGAGGACCAGAAUCCAAACAGUGAGGGCUGGCGGCACGGUGUAGUCAAUAACCGCAAAGUGGCAGAUGCCUUCAACUCUCACGAAGGAUACAACGACAAGAAUCAUGGUCCUGCAGCUGAAAUGGUAUAUCGACUGCUCACCGUGCCCAUGGAUUACACUACUUUUGCAAGCACAAAUCCAACCUCGAAAGAUCAAAACGUGGAUGAGGACUUGAAUAUAGAAUAUAUCCACAACAAUGUCAACAUCGACCGUCUUUUUGCAAUUUGGCAAGCUCUCAAUCCGGACAAGUGGAUGGAUAACAUUCCUACCGACAAUACUACCAUCCGUGACUCAUUUGGCAAAGAGCAUCCCGUGAAUGGAAACACGCCUCUUCAGCCAUUUAGGCGUGAUUCUGAGGGGAACUAUUGGACCCCUGAAGGAAUUAGGUUUCCCUCCAAUCUUGGAUACUCCUAUCCGGAACUGCUACGAUGGGAGACUAGAUACCGUCAGGAGGAUGGAACACUUAACCAAAUUCUGUUCAAGGAAAACAUCAUCGCUAUCAUCAAUAGAUUAUAUGGUGUGUCGCGUGAUUUGGCAUUAGACCCUAAAGCUCCAAUCCCAGAGGGCCUCGAGGCAAUUGACGGUGGGCUCAAAAUUCCCGAUUUCGCCUUCAGUGUUCGGUUUUUGAAAUAUGCAUUGGGAGGGCAACCUUUCUGGGUCAAACUGUAUCUCGCCCAAGAGGACGGCAUACAAACCCCACUGACAGACUUGAUCGCUGAAGUGUACAAUUUCAGCCAAAAGCCCGAGUUAGAUGGUUCUUCGGUCUGCGGGAACUGCACAGAAGGGCAAAAAUCGCGCGUCAAGUCAACUGCUUACAUCCCAAUUACCCCGGUUCUCUACAAGCUUAUCAGGGGUGGACGGAAACUGAAGUCGUUGACUCGCGACGAGGUGUUGGAGUACAUAAGAAAGCGCGCAUACUGGCGAAACGAGAAAGAAUUGCCUCGCUACGAGGUUGAGAAGCUCGAGCUAGAAAUCAUUGGCAGCAGCAAUGACACCAAGCACUUCACCAACCCCGCUACUCCCCCUGCCUUUGAAAACUUCAAGAAAGAGCCUACCAUCACUGGCGGUGCUGAUGGAGCGCUGGAUCCAGAGCUGAAGCAGGCGAAGAUUGACCCACCGGCUCCUCGACCGAAACGGCCAAGAGCGAACCUACCACUUCAUGGCAUUCUUCGGUUUCAGCAGACUCUCAAGGCAGACAGUGUCAUUCUUCUCGAGUCGUCAAGCGUGGAUCCUGUCAAGCCUGACAAUGGCAUUGACAUGACCCAGAUUUCGAUCAUGGACGCAGAAAAUGAUACCAUUUUCCAUAUCUCUAUUCGCCGAGCUCAAGGGCAAAUCAUUUUCAAUGCCAAGUUCGGUGGAUCAUGGGGUGAGGAGGAACGGAUUGACAUUGACCGUCGCUUCAACAGUGAGGAUGGUGCGACAAUUUUGAUCCAUGACCAAGGAGAUGGCUUCGAAGUUUCUAUUGACUGGGUCCAUGCAAUUUGGUUUGCUAAACGGGCCCAUGGCCGGACACCACAGUCAAUCUGGUAUGAUAUUGGUAACAAAGAGGGAACUUCUGCUUUAUCCGAGGAUCUUGAAGUGCGCACCUAUCCUUCGAUGAAAGCUUUGUUCCUUCAGAAGCAUGCUCAUGAGGAGGAGAAGUAG